AUGCCCAGCUUAGGCUCUGUCGAGAUCAAAUGUCGUAUGAACCUAGCUUUAUUUCGACCUUCGAUUGAGCGAUUCGAAUCACCAGACUCGGGCUGGAGCCGCCCAAGGCAGCUCCUUGAGGUGUCGCCCGAUCGCGUGCAUCUGGCAGUCCCGCACGAGGGCGAGCUAGCGUUGCUGGCCUGGACCCUUGCGCGGGAAAGGACCCUGAUUCUCUGCACGGUGACGUCGAAGGGCGUCGAAGGGGGCCCAGCGUGCGCGAGGCUGGACCUUCUGCGCCAAUCAGACCGCUGA